CUCCUGAAAGGAAGUAAUCAGGAUUCUCCCACGGAGUGGGAGUUCUGAGCCUCCGGGACAGAAGGAUGGGUUUCCGGCUUCACGACUCACUUGGAAAAAGAGAGUGCGCUAGAGCCUACUCAGGCACAGCCUGGGGUCUACAAGGGAAUGAAGCACCCUCCCCCGCCUCCUAACUCAGACCGCCACAGUCCCGAGCCAGUACUUGGGCGGCACCUAUAAAACCAGAAGCUGAAGACCUUAUCGCUGCCAAGUUUGUGUCAAACGUGACUGGGCUAAGUCCUUUGAAACAGUGCCUGGCACGUAUUAAUCACUAAAUUAAGCAAAUUGUGGUCGCUGCCAUUCCUGGGCCUGAGGUUAAAACCUUUCUCCAAAGGUGUCCCCAUUCCCUAACCGUCCCAUCCUUCCAGGCUCUGACUUUGAAAGAUGCCCCCAUCCAUCCCAGGCAAGAAUAGAAACCACCGCCUCCGGCCGCCCGCGGCCUCCCUCCCUCCCCCGGCAGCAAUCGAUGCGGCCUCAGCCGCGGGGGACGGGAACACAGGAAAGGAGGGGGCCUCGGGGCCUCCGCAGUAGUGAGGCGCAGCGGGGCAGAAAAGAGCUUGGGGGACAGGCGCGCUGGAUCCUUGGAGGCCAGGACAGUCCUAGAUAGUACUCCUCAAUCAAUCCCAUCUACGGACGAGGAUCCUGAGGUUGAGAAGAGCCACCGCAGACAUCUGGCUUCCUAAAUCCAAGCUUGUCCUGGAAAAGGAGAGAUGUCCUACCCUGGCCCCUAGCAGAUGCCAGGCGACCCCACCAUCCCAUCGCUUCUAUAGCCCUGCCAGGCACACUGUAGCCAUGGUGAGCGAGUCCCCGGGUCCGGGCUCCGGGGUGCCCUGGCGACCAAGAGACGAGGCCCUGCGCGUGAACGUGGGCGGAGUGCGGAGGCUGCUGAGCGCGCGCGCCCUCGCGCGCUUCCCGGGCACGCGGCUAGGCCGCCUCCAGGCGGCGGCGUCCGAGGAGCAGGCGCGGCGCCUGUGCGACGACUACGACGCGGCGGCGCGCGAGUUCUACUUCGAUCGGCACCCGGGCUUCUUCCUGGGCCUGCUGCACUUCUACCGCACCGGCCACCUGCACGUGCUGGACGAGCUGUGCGUCUUCGCCUUCGGCCAGGAGGCCGACUACUGGGGCCUGGGCGAGAACGCGCUGGCCGCGUGCUGCCGCGCGCGCUACCUGGAGCGGCGUGUGGCGCGGCCCCGCGCCUGGGACGAGGACAGCGACGCGCCGAGCAGCGUGGACCCGUGUCCCGACGAGAUCUCCGACGUGCAGCGGGAGCUGGCACGCUACGGCGCGGCCCGCUGUGGCCGCCUGCGUCGUCGUCUCUGGCUCACCAUGGAGAACCCCGGCUACUCGCUGCCCAGCAAGCUCUUCAGCUGCGUGUCCAUCGGCGUGGUGCUCGCCUCCAUCGCGGCCAUGUGCAUCCACAGCCUGCCGGAGUACCAAGCCCGGGAGGCGGCAGCCGCGGUGGCGGCGGUGGCCGCGGGUCGCAGCGCCGAGGACGUGCGCGACGACCCUGUGCUGCGCCGCCUGGAGUACUUCUGCAUCGCCUGGUUCAGCUUCGAGGUGUCCUCCCGCCUGCUGCUGGCUCCCAGCCCGCGCAACUUCUUCUGCCACCCGCUCAACCUCAUCGACAUUGUGUCCGUGCUGCCUUUCUAUCUCACGCUGCUGGCGGGCGCGGCGCUCGGUGACCGGCGUGGAGCCAGCGGGGAGGAACUCGGCGACCUGGGCAAAGUGGUCCAAGUGUUCCGCCUCAUGCGCAUCUUCCGCGUGCUCAAGCUGGCGCGCCACUCCACGGGUCUGCGCUCGCUGGGCGCCACGCUCAAGCACAGCUACCGUGAGGUGGGCAUCUUACUGCUGUACCUGGCCGUGGGCGUGUCAGUGUUCUCGGGCGUGGCCUACACGGCUGAAGAAGAAAACGUGGGCUUCGACACAAUCCCCGCCUGCUGGUGGUGGGGCACCGUGAGCAUGACCACAGUGGGCUAUGGGGAUGUGGUGCCGGAGACUGUGGCUGGCAAGCUGGCGGCCUCGGGCUGCAUCCUCGGGGGCAUCUUGGUGGUUGCGCUCCCCAUCACCAUCAUCUUCAACAAGUUUUCCCACUUCUACCGGCGCCAGAAGGCCCUGGAGGCGGCGGUUCGGAGCAGCGGCCAGCGGGAGUUUGAGGACUUGCUGAGCAGUGUUGACGGGGUGUCCGACGUGUCUCUGGAAACGUCCCGAGAGACUUCUCAGGAGGGGCGCUCUACAGACCUGGAGACCCAGGCCCCCGGCGAGCCUGCUCAAUCUCAGAGUUAUUAAAACGUGGCAUCCCCUCCCCCACGGCCUUGGAUUGCGCUCACGUAGAGCAGAGCCCUCCCCUGCUUCCGCUCCGCAUGGGAGUCAUCCACCUGAGCAGUGUAGGGGCUAGCGAUCUUUCUCGAAAACCCCAGGGCAGGAUAGUACCGCCCUACCUUCCGGGAGCCCCGCAACAACCUCCCCGGAAGUAGGUGUGCACCAAGAGGAGGAAGAGGGCGGCCUCUGCACAAGCCUUUAGCCCUGUGCUGGCAGAUAAUUAUCCCCAUUUCACAGAUGAGGGAAGUGAAGCUCACCCGAAUGUCCCAGUGAAGAAGUCAGCUUUUAGCAAAGUCUGGGAAAGGAGCUGGGGGCUGAAUCCUUGGACAAUCUGUAGCAUCAAUAGCACAAUCAUCUUCCACACCCACUUCCCAGGACUGACUUACAGAGAAAACCUGAACAGACCCUUCUGGGACCUCGACCCAGCUCUAUACCUGCUAUGGGAGAGGCGGCCAACCCCUAUUCCCAGAACUCGGUUCCAGCCAAUCACUCACAACUUGUGACCCAGGGAAAUUCCUGAGGAGGCUCUGCCUUACAUAGCCAGCUCAGCUCUGAACUGUUGUCGGCGGCAGAGGGCUGCUUUGCGUGUUCCUGUCCUGUCUGGUUUUUCCCCAACUUAACACAAGCUAAACCUACCUGGGAAGAGGAACCUCAGUUGAGAAAACACCGCAGUCAGGUUGCCUGUAGGCAAGCUUGUGGGAUGUUAUCUUGGUUAAUGAUUAAUAUGGGCAGGCCCAGCCCACUAUGGGCGGUACCAGCCCUGGGCAGGUGGUCUUGGGGUUUGUAAGAAAGCAAACUGAACAAGUCAUGGGAGCAAGCCAGUAAGCUGUGUUCCUCCAUGAUCUCUGCUUCAGCUCCUGCCUCCAGGUUCUUGCCUUGCAUUCCUGCCUUGGCAUUCCUCAGUGGACUAUGACCUGGGAUACAUAAGCCAAAUAAACCCUUUCCUCUCCAGUUGCUUGUGGUCAUGAUCUUUAUUAUGGCAGUAUAAACCUGCCUACCAUGGCUCCCAUCCCACCCUCAA